AUGUUAGACAGAAUCAUUCGAGUUGAUCAUGCAGGAGAACUUGGAGCAGACCGAAUUUAUGCUGGACAGUUUGCAGUUUUAGGGAAAACAUCUGUUGGCCCAGUCAUUCAAGAGAUGUGGGAAGAAGAAAAAGAACAUUUAGAAACAUUUGAAAAGUUAAUGGUAAAGGAAAGAGCAAGGCCAACUGUACUCUUACCUAUUUGGAAUGUUGCUGGUUUCGUUUUAGGAGCCAGUACAGCAUUACUAGGUAAAGAAGGAGCUAUGGCUUGUACAGUAGCUGUAGAAUCUGUUAUAGGUGACCAUUAUAACAGUCAGAUUCGUGAGUUAGUGGAAGAUGAUCCAGAGAAACAUGCCGAGCUAUUGAAAACCAUUAAAAAAUUUCGAGAUGAUGAAUUACAUCACCAUGAUACUGGUCUAGAACAUGACGCUGAAAAGGCCCCAUUUUAUCAAGCAUUAACACAAGUUAUAAAAGUUGGAUGUAAAGGUGCUGUUUGGAUUUCAGAGAGGAUUUGA